GAAUUGGGUAUAAAAGCAGGCUGAACCGAGGUGAAGUAGCAUAGAACUCAGAAUGAAUCCCAAGUGCGAAGUCCUCAUUGCAGCCGUGCUUUUCCUGCUGCUGGCCUGCGUCCAGGGUCAACUGACUUUCUCGCCGGAUUGGGGCAAACGUUCGGUGGGUGGAGCUGUCCCUGGAUCCUUCUUCGAGCCCCAGCAGGGCAACUGCAAGACCUCCAACGAAAUGCUACUUGAGAUCUUCCGCUUUGUGCAAGCCCAGGCCCAGCUCUUCCUGGACUGCAAGCACCGCGAGUAGGAGGCUGUAUCUUUAUCCCAUCCAGAUCCCCAUUCGGAUUCGGAACUCGGACGAUGUCUAGCACGCACACACAUACACUAUCUAUAUAUAUACCCAUAUAUAUGUAUACAGCACGUUAUCAAGGUAGUCGUAGUCGGCAUUUAGAUUUAAUGGAACUUUCCUUUCCCCACAAUAAAUAAGCGCAUCCAAAAUGUA